AUGGAAUACAUUUGUCACCUCCAUCGCCCCCAUUCGAUCUUCCCCCUUUCACGACUGCAUCUUCUCACACCUGCGAUCUCUCCACAGCAGCCAAUACCUCCAGCGGACGUUGGUCUCGCUCUACCUCCCCCGUUCCAUGUUGUCGUCAUCCCCAUCGUCGGCUCAUCAAGUAUCGUUCCAACUCUUCUUUAUCCUUCUAUUUUUGGUUGUUCUUGGCUCUUCUGUUAUGGUCAUCCGAAGGCAGGAUCAUUGAGGACACAUCCAUUGCCUUAUCCCAACCUUUGUGCGUCUUUGUUUGAUGGAAGUAAUGCCAGUGGUAGCAUCAAAUGGACCUCUACUCAAACUACACCCGCAGAUACAUCAUCUUCUUUUCAUCGUGUCCAAAUACUUCUGAUUGAUGACAAUCCUUUUAAUAGCCUAGAAGAUGAUGAUGAUGAUGAUGACGCUUCCAAUGACACUGGUGCUCGAGCUCCUAGUGAUAAAGCUGAUGGUGGUUCUACUGAGAGGCCUGAUAAAAGGAGUAAAACCAUUAAUGCUUCUACUGAUAGGCCCGAUAAAAGGGCUAAAACCAGUGAUGCUUCUACUGAUAGGACCGAUAUGGAUAAAGCCUCUAAAACCUCUGUUUGUCUUGAUGAGUUGAGUCUUGAUAUGCAAAAUGCUCUACAACAUAUGGUGAAGAGUAAGGAAGCUAGUUGA